AUGCGUUAUUUGACCUUGCUAGGGCUGUUUGCGUGUGCGGGAACUGCAUUGGCAUCGGGAUCCCCGCCCGUGGUCAAAGACGAUGGCGAAACCGAGUUAAUAUGCCACUCCAAGAACGCAACCGAUUGUUACCCCAAGAUAUUCCAAGCGACGAAGGAGUUCCAACCAGUACGCCCAGACCAGGACAUACCGCCUGGCCUUCACGUCCGCCUGAACAUACAGACGGGCGAGAAGGAGGCAAAACUGAACGACCCAAACGAGAAGAGACCAGACUUAGAGGGUCUACCUGUUGACAGCUCCAUUGUCCUUGUGGAUCCAGAAGAAGGUGCCGAGAGACCUGUUCCGGCCGGUGCUCCGAAAUACGAACCCGUCGGCAAGGUCAAGGAGCAGACAGGACCAGAGGCCGAGCAAUUCCAUCAAGCAUUGGCCAUUUUGAAGGCAGACCGUGUAGGCAACAUCGCGGACUUUGAUGACGCCCUUGAAAAGCUUAACGAGCUCUCCCACGACAUGUACUUCGGCUCUAUCAUUGCGCAGGACCUCGACGUCCUCCGCUCGCUAUUCUGUGUUAUGAGCGCAGAGGAUGUAUUUUCCAAGGAUGCAGCAUCUUCCAUCAUCCUCCGCGCCGUUCGGGCAGCUGGAACCAUCUCGGCCGCACUACAAAACAACCCUGCGGCUCUCAAGGCAGUGGAGAAACACUGGUCGCCUCUGAUGGAGGCAACCUGCUCCAGCAACGGGAAGCGAGCCUCACUCGGCAGUCUUGUCUUUUCCACCAUUCAACCAGGCAAAGAGACUCUGGCUGCUUCUGGCCGAGACCCUGGACCGAACCUAGUCAAAGCAAAGCUGUCUGCCGUCAAUGGUCUCUUGAAGAGUUCUGAGAUACGCCGGUUCUUCCUCGACAAAAAUGGGAUGCAAGAGAUCCUACGCGUCCUAAUCGUCAAAGAUCCCCAGUACAAAGAUGCUCAGGUGAGAGCGGCGAAUCUGGUGUCCGAUACAUUCCUUGACGAAAGCAUGGGCGCCAUUACUGGACAAUGGCCGACAAAGUCGGCGUCUAGUGCUGCAUACUGUGAAGUGACGGGUAAUACUAUGAAGGAUGUGUGCUGGGACUACCAUAUUGCAAAAGCAGCUGCUGAUACCAAGUCGGAUUCGGACCAUUGGAGUGGUUCUUUGUUGACUAUGCUUCGGGAUCAACUGAAGGCAAACGACAAGGGGUCGGGAGAGAAGGCAGGACAUGAUGAACUGUAG